AAAGAUAAUGAAAAGAUCAACUGUUUUGUAGCUGACACUAUACUAAAGUUUUCUGAGAUGGGGAACUCCGUAAAAGGCACAAGAGCAAUUGUGCAGAACGAAAGCGGCAAAAAUGCUCCUACUAAAGAAAAUGAACAAGCGAAUCUAGACCAUAACAGUAAAGAUAAAUCAGCGUCGACAGCAAAAGAAACUGAUGAUGUUGCAGAGGUUGCUGCUCAAAUUGAUGACCCUAACACAGAUAAUCUAAACAGUGCACAACAAGUGAAAGGAGGUGGAAUAAAUAUAAGCCAGGUAAUUCCAUCAGAUUCUGGAAAUGAUAGAAGAAACAGUACGGAGAUACCCGAUAGUUUCGAUACAAUAGAUUCAGACAAUCAUGACGUUUUCGACAAUCGAAAAAAACCUCAGAGCGCUUUGAAAAAUCAGACAAAACACUUGAAUGUGAGUAAAGCUAGUUUUCAAAAAAGCGCAGUAGUAAAAAGUAAUGCGAGAGUUAAUGUAACAAAAUCACCGGGACCGACUAAACCAAGACACACAGUAUCAAGUCGAAAUAUAUCAAGAAACCAACUGAAUGUUAAACCAAUAAAAAUGCAUUUAAACAAUCAUGAUAAGAAAACCGAUAGUCCGGUGACUGAAAAUGAAAUUGAAAUCAGCGAAAGUACCGUUGCAACUGUACUAGGGGAAGAGAAAAGCUCAAAGCAUCAUUAUAACAAAGUUAUUAGACAAGAGGAAAUACACAAAGUAGAAAUUAAAGCGUCGCCUCCAAAAUCAAACUUGAAGGAUAUUGGUAAAACUGAAAAAUCGUCACAGUCUUUAUCAAGUGUACGCUCUAUACUUAAUAUAAAUAAAAAGGGGAGUACUAAAUUAAUUAAAAGGCGCGCACUUUCAGAACCAGUUCAACUUAUAAAUACGAAUACAAAAGUUAAGGAAGAAUCAGCAUUAGACAUCCUCCACGAAGAACAGAUAGAUGACGAGGCGAAAACUAGAAAAGCCUCGUACUAUGAACAGUUGACUGACACAGAGUCAGCGGAAUACAUUAUUUAUGAGGGAGGGGAAGAAUACGAAAUAAGUUCAAGCUUAAGGUCCACAACCCUUGAUUCAAGAUUGUUUGACAGCGAAUCUAGUAUUGUUACACACACAAGUGUCGACUAUCAGAAGCCUGUGAGCAGAUAUAGCGAGAAUAAACAGAAGUUAAAGCAAGGCCUUCUAGACCUCUACAGAUCUUAUAGCUUUUAUACGCCUGGGUUUCCACUUCUGCCACUUUCCGCUGAAAAAUCUGAAGCGCCGCGGUAUUGGCCUCCAUGGAUGACAGUUAAACACCGUGUUGUGACCGAAGAUGAUAUAGAGCUAGCUGAAGAGCAAGAUUCUCUUGAAACAAUUGAUAUGAACAGUUAUGAAAUAGAAAAAAGUAUCAGCCAGUUUCACAAUUUGUUCCAUCAUGAAGAUCGGGAUAUUAAGAAUGUCUAUAUAGUUGGCGAAUCAGGGACGGGAAAAACUGCUUUUUGCCGCCACCUUAUUCAGCAGUGGUGCGUUCAGCAUCAACAAAAGACCGGGACUACUGAUUCCAAAGAACCCAUGUUUUCCGGUGUAGAACUUGAUACUGCUUCUUGUCAUCAUGGCACGCCCGCGAAACGGAUAAUACAGAGCGAAAGUCGAGAACCCAUAAAGGCAGAAACUACAAUACAUUCCAACCAGUCAGGAAACAUUCAGUACAAAACACAACAUUCAAAAACCAAUAUUAAUAGGAAGUUCAAUUCAAAUGACAUUUUCAGUGACUCAGAUGAAUUAGACAGAUACGAGUUUCUUUUUUAUAUUCCACUUUUCUUCGAAACAAAUCAUAAUCACAUUCAUGAUUUGAUUAAAACUCAGUUCAAAAGUAUAUUCCAUGGAAUGACACCCGGAGAAAAUGUUACUCAGACAAAGUCUGAUCCUAGGACAAAUUCAACAUUUCUUAACGAGUUGCUUGAUAAAGAGUCUGAGAAAUGCUUAAUUGUGUUGGAUGGUCUUGAUGCAUGGAGGCCAAACAAAAGACGAUACAAAGCUCACGUUAAAUCAAUUGGCUUACCUGACAAAGACCCGAGUAAAUCAUAUACAGUUAUAGUUACAUCGACAGUAGAAAGCCUGAGAGAGAUAGGAAUUAAAGCGACGGACUCUGAUUUAGAAGUCACUUUGAACGGAAUAGAAGAACAAAUUUCUCAGGAAUUGAUAAGUGACGCAGUAGAAAGAUUAAACACAUUCUAUAAAAAAAGAAAGAAGUCAGACGAUAUGAUAGCUGAAGUGAACUAUUGGAAAGGGACGAACUAUCAGAAAUUACCCUUAAUUCUGCAAUCACUUGUCUGUCUCUGGUAUCAUUCUGGUGCAAUCGGAAACACAUUCUGUGAUAUUUUUAGCAGAAUUCUUGAACUGCAGUUCAAAAGAUUUAAUGACGAUUUAACUGAUAAAGCAGGUAAAAUACGAAAGACCAAUGUUCAAACUUUAACAAUGAACUUGAAUGCGGCCGACAAAGAGGUACCAUUACCUAGAUACUAUAAAGAUCUCAGUAAUUGUCAAAAAAACAAAGAACUUAUUUCCGUUUUGAGCCAGCUUGCAUGGAACACAAGAAUCCAGUCAAUUAAAUCCUUUGAUUCCUCAAGUCUUGAAGUCCACGGUUUUUCACGAGAUGACGUAUCUAAGCUCAUAGAAGUGGGAGUUCUAACACAAAAUAAAGUACCAGGCUUUUCAAAAGAACUACAUGGCAAGACUGUGUUCUUCCCUGACGAAAGAAUACAAGACUUUUUAGCAACAACUUAUAUUGCGAUUCUGUGUCGGAACACAGCUUACGAGAACAUUGGUCAUAUCAAUCUGCAUACCGAAAAAAUAAGAUCAGUGGUAGAUGCACACCUCGAUAUCUUUAAUACCUUAGAAGAUAUAUUUCAGUUUUCAAAUCUCAUAGUAUUGUUAUGUGGGCUUUAUCCACCAAUAAUAGAACAAAUAACACAGAAAAUAAUUGACGUCGUUUCAGCAGACAAACGAGUUCUGGAAUUCAGAAAUAAUUUAGAGACUGAAUCGGAAGAAAAUGUCUGUGAAGAUAUCCAAGAACUGAUCUCCAGAUGCGCGCACGAAUCUUUAUCUGUUAACACAGAUAAUAUAUUGGUACAUAUUGGGGAUAUUUUCUACGGAAACAUUGACUCGAAUCAUUUAGCAUAUGUUAUGCCAACAGAGGUUAAAUCUGUAUUGAUAAAUGUUGACGACACGUCUGUGAAUUCUUCACAUGCGUCUAAAUUUAUUCAUCAAACAAGAAUAUUUGAUCAGCUUCAGAAAUUGCUUGUGAAAGAUGAAACUUCGCGGCUCUCUUUGCAAGACAUAGACUCCAUACAUAUUCUAAGUGAACGCUGUGCUCCGACAUUGAAUGUUGUCUCGUAUAUCUUUAACAAUACGAGUAGAAUAACAUAUUUACAAGUCACUCAAGAUCUAGACAGGCUUUUACCAAAAAUGUCAAAUCUGUUAGAAUUAGAAUUAAAAGGCAUGAAGCUUAGCCACAUUAAGUUUUGUUCGCUCGCAUGGGUUCUGCCAGAGUUGAACUACUUGAAACGGCUUCAACUAAGUGACAUUACUUGUGAGAUGGACCGAUGUGACGGAGAAGGACAUAAGAUGGAUUUUUCCCAGUUUGAGAAGCUCGAGUAUAUUGAUAUCGGUGGAAGGGAAUUAUCUGUUGUCGGGGUAAACAAAGGUAAACUUCACACGUGUAUUUUGGGGAAUUUACCACAGGGUCCCGAGAUUCAAACAUUUUAUUCACUCCGAAAAGCGAAAUGUCUGAAACAUUUCACGCAGAAAGUCAGACUGAGGCCUCCUUUUAUAUCACAAACAUUGAUUCAGACUUUAAACACAUGGCACAGACUUGAAACUCUUAACUUACACGGGAUAAACUUUGGCGAAAAUGAGCUGAUACUGAACAAGGAAAUGAAAUGUCUGGCACACUUAAGACUAGUUAAAACACGAAUGAGUAGGAUAGCAUGGCAUACCUUCGUUGAUUGCCUUCCAUGUUUGGAUCAGGCAAUUGUGGUGGUUACACGUGACGUACAUGUAACGCCAAUAGAAGAGGAUGUAACACGCGAUUCCAUGAGGCGACCUAUUGAUGCAGAGACAAGGGCAUUAAUGCUGGCACGGGAAACAGAGAGAGAAAUAGCGUUUGAUUACGUGAGGGGAAAAUUGUAUGUCUUCAAUGUAUUAUUCGACAUGAGAAGUAUGUUUGACUUCGAGAAAAAGCCAAAAUAAAAUGACAUCAGUCAGGUGUAUGUUGAUGAAAGUUGAACAGGAAUUUGUCCGUCCUGAGAACAUCAGAUCAUCAUCAUUUUUGUUUGCUUUUAUUAUUGAUAAAUUUUUGUUUAUGAAUAAGUUCAUGCACUUUUCCUGUCAUCUUAAACAUACCUACAGUGCAAUUUACAGCUCCAUUUUAGAACCUGUACGUUUAUUGCUUCUUAAGUUACACAUAUUAUAUCUAAAAGCCAGAAUAAUUCCAAAGCCAUUAAUGUGUUAUUUAAUAAAACUACCAUGUGCAUUACUGUAAUGGUCCGACAGCCAAUAAAUAAGUUUAGUUUUUGACAUGAACCGUUAUUCGGCAAACGUUUUAAUCGGUGCGAAAGAAUAUUAGCUUUAUUCCACAAGAUAUAGUGAAGUUUGGUCAUCGCUUAUAUUUUAUUGCAUUUCAGUCAUAUUUUCAAAUACAUUGAUAAUACAUUAUAGUUGGUCUAAGUAAGAUAAAUUUAUUUUGAAGUUGCAGUAAGUUAAAACAUAUUUAUUUCGAAGACUACAUUGCACUUAAUCUGGUAAUCAUUGAAAAAUCAAGUACACUAAUUGUAAAAACACUAACACGUGUACUCUCGUAGAGGUAUAAAACUACUAAAUAGCAGGUAAUCAAGCAGCACUUCCGGGCUAGUCAGAUAAUGGCGCAAAGAAAAAGUUCUCUUUUUUUCAAGAUAAAGUUGUAUUUUCAUGUUUUAUGUAUAUAUUUCAUUGUGAACUUUACAUUUUGGAAGCAUUUCCAACAAGAUAUUUUGCAUUUAUGAAUAUGUAAACAUACCUAAUUUCAUUUGUGAUCAUACCCAUAUUUUAGCUUUGACUUACAAACAAUCACCAUAUCUUGGAGAUUGUUUGUAAGACAUUUAUGAAAGUAAGGUUAGUGAUUAUUUUUAAUGGGUCUGAAUAUGUGUGCCUGCUCUCAAAAGAUUGUUAAUUCUAUAGAGAACAUACGGCAACUUUAUAUACCGCUGUCCUAAGAUUUGUGUUUUACAGACAGCCAGCACUUCAGACAAUUGAAAGUUAUUACAUUAAAACUUUAUUUUGUAUUUAAAACCAAAUCACGAGAUACCAUAAGAAGUAAACCGUACGAUCAGCGAAGCCCGGUUUCUAGUUAUUUCAGAACCUUAGGGUAAAUUUGUCAUUAAAGAUAUCAUAUGUCCAUCUUUCAUUUGAAUAUUUCAUCUCUUGAUAUUUACUUCAUAUGUUGAAAAUCAUGAUUUAAUUUAUUUAAUUAACUUUAAUAAAUGUAUAAAUUAAUUGCAUAUGUAGAGUUUUAUUCAUAAUAAAAGGUCAUACAGUAACAGUUUUUUGCUAAAAAUUUUUUCAAGUAUUUUAGUGGUAGUACCUUCGAAUAACCUCAAAUCGUGAUACCCUCAAUUUCGUGAUACCGGAAAUGUUUACAUGUAGCUCGCGCUUUGUUUUGUUUUCUGACGUCAUAGCCCGGAAGCCCACUUGCGAAACGUCAAGUCAUCUUUUGCACACAAAAAUGCUCCGUGUAGCACUUGGAGGCGUAAGAAAUCCGUUUUAUUUCCCAUAUUU